GCGUCGGGUGUGCGUGAUCUUUUCGUGAGUCUCUCAAUGUGGGGAAUCUAAAAUUUGUUAAACAAGAAACGAAAGGACUACCGGGCUACUUGGCUUCUCCCCAGAGUGUUGGCUGUGCUCGGCUGUGCUUGAAGACCGUGGUGUAUUACAUAUACUGUAUUGCGUAAACGGUGAAACUUACUGUCGCAACGAUGAGGUACAUCCUGGGCUAUACAUUUACCGUCACCACCUCUGUGACGAUUCUUAUUCUGAUUUUGUAUUAUUUAUUUACUGGCAAAGGAGAGCAGAUUAGCAUUGCAUGGUUCUUGACGAAUACUUCUCCAUAUAUGUGGUGCACAUUGGGUAUAGGUCUAUCAGUAGCUUUGUCUGUAGUAGGCGCUGCAUUGGGUAUCCAUACCACAGGUGUGUCUAUUGUUGGUGGUGGUGUGAAAGCACCUAGAAUCAAGACAAAAAAUUUGAUUUCUGUGAUAUUCUGUGAGGCUGUAGCUAUUUAUGGCUUGAUCACUGCCAUUGUCCUAUCUGGAAUGCUUGACAAAUUCACUGCAGAAGCUUACAAAAGUGAAGAAAUCAGAAAUCAGAACUGGUUGUCUGGAUAUCUAAUGUUUGGUGCUGGUUUAUCCGUUGGUCUCGUCAAUCUUUUCUGCGGUAUAGCGGUCGGAAUCGUUGGCUCUGGUGCAGCUCUCGCCGAUGCGGCUAACUCUGCCCUUUUUGUGAAAAUUCUUAUAGUCGAGAUUUUUGGUUCUGCUAUAGGACUUUUUGGUUUAAUUGUUGGUAUUUAUAUGACAUCUAAAGUGAAAAUGGGCGAUAAAUUAACAUAAAUUACGAGAGAACGAGAGAGAGUAUUAUCGGGAUCACAAUGUUCCAUUCCACAUUUAGUCAUCAGUAAAAGAGAUUCUAGAGGAAUGACUGCAUAUCUAUAAAAUCAUUGUGACAUCAGAAGAAUUUUCCAGAUACCAAUGCAAAUUUGGUAUAUUGCAUGUCUGUAAUUACAUUCAUACGAUUUUAGAUGACGUAA